CUAUUUUAAAUAUAUAUCCAAUUCAGUCCAGCCCACUAAACAGGGCUUACGGGUUAAGCGAGGCACAGCCCAAUUUUAAUCUUUAAACCCUACCUCACGUCUCUCGCCUUCUUGUACUUCACGGUCACUCGUAAGCUUCAGUCGACAAACAUAUAGAGAGCCACAACCAGCAUACCAACAGAAUCAGCUGUCUCCAAUUUUGCCUCCACGUUUUCUCUUCGAAACUUCAGUCGCCACCUCUGGGGUUUAGUGAGAAAUGGAACAUGGGUCCAUAUCUGAUCCCAGCCAAUCCACAUUUUCUUUGAUUGAUGAGGAUCAUACAUUUGCGAAUGCGAUCAGGUUCACUUUAAAUCAGGAUCCAAGGACAAAAUUUUGUGGGUACAGCAUUCCUCAUCCAUCCGAUAAUCGAGUUAAUAUUAGAGUCCAAACAACAGGUGCUGCAGCGAAAGAAGUAUUCAAAGAUGCAAGCCAGGAUCUCAUGGUUGUAUGCCAACAUGUGAGGAGCACCUUUGACAAGGCUGUCGUUGAUUUUAGAAUGAGCAAAUCCGUGAAUGGCAUGGAUAUUGACUCAAAUAAUUAACCCUUGAUAUCUUAGUUUUGAGAGUGUUGCUUCUUCUGCUAGCACUAAAAUUGACAUGAUGUGAAUUGAAGUAGACAAAGGUAAAAGAGAUGGGAUUUGUUUGCACUGUUCUGAAAUUUCUGUUUUCAAAAAUAUGUUAUCGAACAUUAAAACAGAAUGUUUUGGUUUAGGGAAGCAAAUGUUAUUGUAUGAUAUUUUCAACGUUAACCUCCGUUAUGAAAGUUGCUUCCUCUC